GGGAACUCCCGCUGAUCUUUCUCUUAGGUGUGCCUCAGCCAUAAGCCUGCGGUCUGCAACUUCCCGACCGUGCGUAGCUGGGACUUUAAAGGUCUAUUUUGGGGGGUAGAAAGGCAGUUCUUGUUUGAUUUCAUCUGGGUCUGGUCUGGUCCUGGUGUCAGAGUAAUGGGACAACGGCAAAGCAAGGUCGACCCGGAGAGUCCACUGGGACAAAUGUUAAACAUCUAUAGUCGGCCUGGAAAUUUAGGUCCCGGCAUGAGUCUCAAACGACUCCGGAUUUUAUGUCGCGCCUGGAAUCGGUGUACGUACGAAGAUGCUUCACUGCAGUUUCCUCACCUUGGUACUUUUGAUCUUAAUAAGUUAACUUAUCUCCGAGGGGUUUUGGAAAGAAUGGGCUUUGAUGACCAGAUAAGGUACUGGUGCUGUUGGGAAAAAGAAGCAGAGAAACGCCAGCCACCAUCUCUAAUAGCUAGUCUGGUAGAAUCUAAGGGAAAGCUUAAGCUACAAGUCAAAGAGAUCCAAGAAGAGUCUGUCUCUUGUCCUGUGACCUUUUGUGCGCCCCCUCCGGUCUCUAGCCAGACCCUGUAUCCUUCUCUGUCCUCUUUACCUCCCUCUGAAAUGCAAGCUGAUCAUUUUUUAGGUUCUUUGGCCGGCUUUCAUACCCAACCUCAGCUCCCACCUGCUGAUUCACCUCCUCCAAUCCCGAAACGUCCUCCGCCUCUUUCCCUCCUUCCAACUACUGAAAAUCCUAAAUUACUUUCUCAUAUUCCACCAACAACAUUUCCAAUGGUUAAUGGGCUCUUCCCGACCCCUAAUGGGCUUCCUGCUGCCCUCCCUCCUAUCUCUCCUGGGUCUGUUUCCCAAAAUACCCCCUUUCAUUCCCAACCUCAGCUCCCACCUCCUGAUUCACCUCCUCCAAUCCCGAAACGUCCUCCGCCUCUUUCCCUCCUUCCAACUACUGAAAAUCCUAAAUUACUUUCUCAUAUUCCACCAACAACAUUUCCAAUGGUUAAUGGGCUCUUCCCGACCCCUAAUGGGCUUCCUGCUGCCCUCCCUCCUAUCUCUCCUGGGUCUGUUUCCCAAAAUACCCCCUUUCAUUCCCAACCUCAGCUCCCACCUCCUGAUUCACCUCCCCAAAACCCGAAACAGUCUCCGCCUCUUUCCCUUUCUCCAGCUACUCAUACUCCACCGCCACCAUUUCCACCUGCUAAUGGGCCCUCCCCAACCCCUAAUGGGCCCCCCGCCAUCCUUCACCCCACCCCUCCUGGCAUCCUCUCCUGCAUCCCUCCUCGGUCUCUUUCUCUUCCCUCCCCUCAGCUGUCUGAUUUGUCGCUGUCUGAACUACAGCACCAUCUGCCGUCCCAUUUGCACAAUACUUGCCAAGUGACCGUGAAAAGUUGCUGUAUUAUGUCGUUUACGGAUGAAAAUUUCCCCCCAUUCUCUUUGGACUGUCCGUCUUCUCCAGCUCUAGAGGCGCCUCUCCAUGAAUAUCCAGCUCGAGUUCCUUGGACACCAGAUGAUGUUAUGGAGCUUUCCAUUUUUUUCCCAAAAAUUCAAGAAGACCCUAAGGAUUUCAAAGAUAUGCUGGAAAAAGUUAUUAAUUUAUAUAACCCAACUUUUCACGAUGUCAAUUUACUUUUGUCUACUAUUUUACCCCCACACGAAGUGGAAGACCUGUUGGCCCAAGCUCAUAAGCCAGCUGCCCAAGGCCAUCAAGGUACUAAUUGCCCAUUACACUACUCAGGUCAUGACCAAGCCUUAGUUGAUGCUCCUCAAGGUACCGAUGAUUGGUGGAAGGUGGAACAAAUCAAGCAGGAAACUGAUGAAAACCCACAUGACUUUCAAGCUAGACUGUUUGCUGCUAUGCUCAAGCAUACCACUAUAGAUCCCUCUGCAGCUAGAAUGAGCCCCUUGGUUGUGUCUACGUUCGUCAAUGGUCUCCUUCCUGAGCUUCAACAACGUAUUAAAGAUGCAGGUGAGGAUUGGAAAUAUGAAACUCCAGAACAAAUUUUGUACACUGCUACACAGUUCUUUUUACAAGAUAAAGAAAAGCAGAAGAGCCUCAGAAACCAAGUGAGGUAUUUACCAGUUCCCUGGCUUCAGCAACAAAGUCCAUCCUACGGCCGAGGCUGGAAAAGAAGUAAGGGCACAAAACACCAUCUUUUCCACCAAGCUCCACGCCGAGGCAAGGGUCGCAGGUUUAAUCCUCAGUCUCUUUCUACGGGUCCCAAGUUUAAUCCUCAGUCUGGUCCCUUUGGUUCUUAUGGUACUAAUGCCUGUUAUAACUGCCAUCAACAAGGACACUGGAAAAACGAAUGUCCCUAUAAGUUUUCCUUAAAUCAUUUCUCUAAUCCCUCUUUUUUUCGAGCAACAAAAUUUUCUCCUCCUUCACCUCAUGAUGAGUCAGAGGUACUGCCAGCACCAAAGAGACUCUCUCAAGAAGGUUCAGGGUGGAAUCUUUCAAGUAGCGACCAAGAGGGUGAUUACCAAGGCCACUCAAAGACAGGAGAUGCAGCAGCCGGCAGCGCCAGAGAGGAAGACUGUGCUCCUAAGAAGGUGGUGAAGGAUGAACUUCUACAAAGCCACAGAUCUGCAGAGCUAUCAGUCAAAGAGCAGGAUACUUGGGGUCUGUUGGAUGGGAGGAAUCCUUUCAGAUUUUUCCUCACUGAAGUAAAAGGAAUUAAGUCUGAGUACAACUGUGGCACCCUUCACAUAAAAGAUAUUUUGUAUACCCUUUUUGGGACUCUUGUGUCAUCUGCUCAGUUUACCUUUUGUAUAGAUGUGGAAUGGCUUAUCCAUCAGUACCCAAAGGAGUUCAGGGACAAACCUUUAUUAAUCGUCCAUGGAGAGAAACAAGAAUCUAAGGUGGCUUAUCUGCAAAAACAAGCACACCCCUAUACAAAUAUUCAUUUUUGCCAGGCUAAGUUGGAUAUUGCCUUUGGAACCCACCACACGAAAAUGAUGUUGUUGUGUUAUGAGGAAGGCCUCCGUGUGGUGAUACAUACAUCCAAUCUUAUUGAAGUUGAGUGGAACCAGAAAACACAAGGCAUAUGGCUAAGCCCUUUAUAUCCAAAGCUACCCCCUGGAGCUCCUGGGUCUGCUGGUGAAUCCCGUACCAAUUUUAAGUCUGAUCUGAUCAGCUACUUGAUGUCUUACAAAUCUUUGGCUCUCAAUGAAUGGAUUGAAGUAAUCAAGCAACAUGAUCUUUCAGAGACAAGAGUAUAUCUUCUUGGGUCCACUCCCGGCCGAUUCCAAAACACUGAAAAAGAAAAAUGGGGUCAUCUCAGACUAAGAAAGCUUUUAAGAGAUCAUGCGACACAGGUACCUGAUGAAGAUUCUUGGCCGGUAAUAGGACAGUUCUCAAGUAUUGGAUCCCUGGGAGCUAAUCGGUCCAAAUGGCUGUGCUCAGAGUUUAGACAAACUUUGGUCACUCUAGGAAACAGUGCGAAGUCUCCAACAGAUCAGGAGGUUCCCAUUCAUCUGAUAUAUCCCACUGUGGACAAUGUAAGACAAAGUUUGGAAGGUUAUCGAGCUGGGGGCUCUAUUUCAUACAGUACAGAGAUUGCACAAAAACAGCGUUGGCUCCACUCUUACUUCCACAAAUGGUCAGCUGAAACUUCAGGUCGUAGCCAUGCCAUGCCUCACAUUAAGACUUACACGAGAGUGUCUCCAGAUUUCCAAAAAGUUGCCUGGUUUUUAGUUACAAGUGCCAAUCUUUCCAAGGCUGCUUGGGGAGCAUUUGAAAAAAAUGGUGCCCAGCUGAUGAUCCGAUCGUAUGAGCUAGGAGUCCUCUUCUUGCCUUCCGAAUUUGGCUUGGAUACAGGCUUUUUCCAAGUAAAGAAGAACCUGCUUUCUGAUGAGCCAGCAUCAUCGUUUCCUGUACCUUAUGAUUUACCUCCAGAGAAGUAUGAAAGCAAAGAUCAUCCAUGGAUUUGGGACAUUCCUUAUACUGGAGCGCUGGACACACAUGGAAAUACGUGGGUUCCUAAAUGAAGUUUAAGUUUCUGCUGAAACUUCAUCAUCUAUUACUGAAUCCACUAACUAAGACUGAAGGGAGGGUGGUUUCUAUAAUACAGAUAUAUACACAGAUUAAAGCUGUUCCUUUAAAGAAAUAAUUUUAGAUUGAAAGCCUUUUUGGGAAACAAUAUUAGCUAUGUAACUACUUCGAAAUACAGUGCUUUUAAAACUACAUUUUAUAAACUUUAAAAGACUCAGGUGAAUGAUGUCAGAAAGCUUUCUUCAUAAAUCAGCAUGAAUAUAUUCAGCAUGUUUCCUAGGAAUAGUAGCCCCAAUGAAAGGAAACUUGUAUACAGUUUGAAAUAAAGUGAAUAAAAGU